CUUCAGCUUCCGGAACCGUUGAUUUUGUUUCGGCUUUACAAUGAGUUCAUUGGACUUGCAAAAGAAAGCCAGAAUGUUAAUGAGGAAUUGGAUGCUAAACAAGCUAGCCCCAAAUCAAAGAAAAGACAGUCCAUUUGUAUUGAACUGAACAGGAUUAUCAUUAAAAUCAAAGAUCUUCUGAAACAACUGCCUGUACCAAACUAUAACACUCUUCAGUACCUUAUUGGACACCUUCACAGAGUUACAGAACAAUCUGAUGAAAAUAAAAUGUCAGCCAGCAACCUCGGCAUAAUAUUUGGCCCAACUCUAAUCAGGCCACGUCAAACAGAUGCUACAGUUUCUUUGUCAUCGCUUGUGGAUUACCCUUAUCAGGCCCGGAUGGUGGAGCUGCUCAUAACAUACUAUGAAAAGAUAUUUGAUGUUUCAUUGAAACCACUUCUGAGCACAUCUCAGUCUGAAGAAACUGCCAUUACAGUCAGUGUUUCUUUAUCAGCAGAAGAGAGGGAGCCACAGCAGCAGAGGAAGUCACUUGUUGCUGUAAAGGAUAGUAUUCUGAUAGCUCCAAGUGAAAGCGAAGCUUCAGAAAAAGCUGCAUUGUUCUUGGAAUUGAACAAUAGCAAGAAUACAAAAGAUCAAGUAGACACAUCUGUAACUGAACAUGUAUCAUUGCCAUUCACUGGAACUAAACUGGAAGUCUCUGGAAAGAGUAAUUCUGUGACAGAAUCAUCAGCUACCAGCAUUUUGGAUAUUAAUAUUUCUGCUCCAAAAGAGCCAGGUGAUGCUGCAAGUCCAGCUUCAGAGAGAGACAAUGAUUCAUUUGUUUCUCCAGGUGAAGACAGCUGUAAAAUUAGCUUACUUCCUGCAAAACCUAACCGUCAGAUUACCAAAGUUCCGUUGCGGGCUCCAAGGACAAAACCAGCAACUCGCCCUGUGAGCCUACCUGUAGACCGAAUACUUUCUCCAUGUGUUUUGAAUGAAAGAAAUUCACGAAAUGCAGGAGCAGUAGGACCAGAGAAGCUUGGCAGGAGCCCUACUAUUGAAGAAGUUUCAGAGGUGAAGGCACUUUCUGAUGUUAAUACCUGCUGCAGACUUCCUUGUUACGACACCCAGAUGCUGAGAAAAACUUGGGACAAGCAAUAUAAACAGUAUGAUAUCACAGCAAGGACAGCAAUGAUCGUGACUAAUGUGCCCCAGGAGAACCAAGCACUUGAGAGUGGAACUGCGGGUGCCUUACCUUCAUCGUGCAGCACUGGUAACAAUUCAGCUAAUGCCAUUCUUCCUAGUAAGCCAUAUUCUGUUUCUGUCAGGUCAGGAAGGACAGCAACAGAAGGGAAUGGUCCCGAUGCCAAUCCUCUUACUGCUUUCAGGGCACCAAGAACAUUGCAGCCACCCCCAGGGACAUUUUAUAAACCACCUUCUAACAAAUCAAAACAAAAUGAAGAGGGUUCUUUUGCUAAAGCUUGUGCACCAACCAGUGCUAGCUCUGUGCUUCACCAGGAUAAUACUGUGAAACUGGCUAGGAGCUCUGCACUUCCAUCAGGUGAUCCUGAACAAAACACAAAUGAACAAAAAAUUAGCUCAGAGGAUAUUCACCCCACAGAUCUGAAGCCUACUUAUCAGAGACUGAGACCAAAAAGGAUUCAAGAACUGGAACACAGGGAAGCUCAUUUUGUAUAGGGUGCAAAUUUGUCUUGGACUGUAUGCAAUUUGCUGAUGUUGCCAGUGGAGGCUUCCCUUUGUCCUUUAUCCUUUGCCUUCCCUUGAGAAUCCCACUUUUGUGCCAUAUUGGAGUUAUUUUUAUAUAUGCAGCAUUUUAAAAAUGGGGGGAGGG